AUGGAAGCUUUUGAAUACGAACCAAUAGAUCUUGAAGGACCUUCCUUUCGGCUGCUCCUACUUUACAGUGGCACAACGCCUGAUGAGAUUGAAUGCACGCUCCUGCAAGCCUGGUUUGACGGUGACAGCGCGUGUCCCUAUGACGCUUUAUCGUAUACAUGGGGUGAUACGGAGAAGUCAGAUUACAUAAAGAUUGAUGGGAGAAGGCUUGAUGUCACUACAAACUUGUACCUUGCGCUUCAGGAUAUGCGUUUCCCAAAUACAUACCGAGUACUUUGGGUUGAUGCUGUUUGCAUCAACCAGAAUAACGAAGCAGAACGAGGACACCAGGUUCAACAAAUGGGUUGCAUAUAUUCUCGUGCUGAACAGAUCAUUAUCUGGUUAGGUCAAGGGAGAUACGAGACAAACGCUGUCAUGGAUUCUCUGAAGCAACUGGAAGAAGAGAGUCGAGAGCACCCAUAUAAGGAUUGGAAGCUCGGGGACAAGCACUGGAUAAAGCUUUGGUCAUCAGUGCACGGAAACUUACGGAGUCGGUAUCCAGGUCUCGAAAGGCUACAGCACGAAGGUAUAAAAUUGCUUUUGGACCGGCCUUGGUUUUACAGAGUUUGGAUUUUGCAAGAAGUCGCCAACGCGCGAACCGCCGUGGUUCUCAGCGGCAACAGAUCUGUGUCGACACGCAUUUUUGCUCUUGCCCCGUUCCUGAUAGGGGUGAAGCCAGAACCUCACUGUCAAGCCGUCUUAGAUAUAAUGCCAGGAGCCUCAAGGAAUAAUUCUUGGUGGAGUCAGAAGCGCGGCCUGUAUACCCUCCUGCUAAAAUUCAGGGGAAGCAAAGCAACUGACCCUCGGGAUAUGAUAUUUGCCUUGCUUGGCAUAGCUCUAGAUGUAAGAGACAGUAAUAUCCUGCGUGCUGAUUACACAAAGACAGUCGAGGAAGUUAUUCACGAUGCCGCUUCAUUCCUAUUUGGCCUAUCCUUCCCCUAUCAUACGAUGCGGGGAUUUCUGUCUAAUCUCACUUCCAUGAACACGACUUAUCUUAAAAGAGCUGCAGAAUCAUCUGAUGCGAAUAAUAUAGUCCGUCUUCUUGAGGAGCGAGACGAAGUCCAGAUUACAGAGGAAUUUCUUGAAGCUGCGGCAGGGAAUACAAGCAGUGGAAAAGAUAUACUGGCGCUUCUUCUUGAGCAGCGAAAAGAUGAAGUCAGGAUCACAGAGAAGAUCCUUGAAGCUGUAGCAGGGAAUACAGCCAGUGGAAAAGAUAUGUUGGAACUUCUUCUUAAGCGGCGAAAAGAUGAAGUUAAGAUCACAGAGAAGGUUCUUGAAGCUGCGGCAGGGAAUAUACGCAGUGGAUAUGAUAUACUGGCGCUUCUUCUUGAGCAGCGAAAAGAUGAAGUUCAGAUCACAGAGAAGGUACUUGAAGCUGCAGCAGCGAAUAUACGCAGUGGAUAUAAUAUACUGGCGCUUCUUCUUGAGCAGCGAAAAGAUGAAGUCAGGAUCACAGAGAGGGUUCUUGAAGCUGCGGCAGGGAAUACAAUAAGUGGAAAAGAUGUGCUGGUGCUUCUCCUUGGGGAAUGGGGAGAAGAGAUUUUGAUAGUUGCGGCAAGUUGUUACUCAAGUGGAAAGCAAAUAAUGAGUUGUCUCCUUGAUCAGCACAGCAAAAAGGUCAAGAUCACAGAGAAGGUUCUUGAAGCUGCGGCAGGGAAUACAAACAGUGGAAAUGACAUACUGGCGCUUCUUCUUGAGCAGCGAAAAGAUGAAGUUAAGAUCACAGAGAAGGUUCUUGAAGCUGCGGCAGGGAAUAUACGCAGUGGAUAUGAUAUACUGGCGCUUCUUCUUGAGCAGCAACAAGAUAAAGUCCAGAUCACAGAGAAGGUUCUUGAAGCUGCGGCAGGGAAUAUGCGCAGUGGAUAUGAUAUACUGGCGCUUCUUCUUGAGCAGCAACAAGAUAAAGUCCAGAUCACAGAGAAGGUACUUGAAGCUGCGGCAGGGAAUAUACGCAGUGGAAAAGAUAUAUUGGAACUUCUUCUUGAGCAGCAACAAGAUAAAGUCCAGAUCACAGAGAAGGUACUUGAAGCUGCAGCAGCGAAUAUACGCAGUGGUAUAUUUAUACUGGCACUUCUUCUUGAGCAGCAACAAGAUAAAGUUAAAAUUACAGAGAAAGUUCUUGAAGCUGCAGCAGGCAAUAUAGGCAAUGGAAGAUCUAUUAUAAUACUUCUUCUUGAGCAGCGAAAAGAUGAAGUCAAGGUCACAGAGAAGGUUCUUAAAGCUGCAGCAGGCAAUAUAGGCAAUGGAAGAUCUAUUAUAAUACUUCUUCUUGAGCAGCGAAAAGAUGAAGUCAAGGUCACAGAGAAGGUUCUUAAAGCUGCAGCAGGCAAUAUAGGCAAUGGAAGAUCUAUUAUAAUACUUCUUCUUGAGCAGCGAAAAGAUGAAGUUAAGAUCACAGAGAAGGUUCUUGAAGCUGCAGCAGGGAACACAGCCAGUGGAAAAGAUAUAUUAGAACUUCUUCUUAAGCGGCGAAAAGAUGAAGUCAGGAUUACAGAGAAGGUUCUUGAAGCUGCGGCAGGGAAUAUGCGCAGUGGAUAUGAUAUACUGGCGCUUCUUCUUGAGCAGCGAAAAGAUGAAGUUCAGAUUACACAGAAGGUUCUUGAAGCUGCUGCAGCGAAUAUAGCCAAUGGAAAAGAUAUGUUGGAACUUCUUCUUAAGCGGCGAAAAGAUGAAGUCAGGAUUACAGAGAAGGUACCCUGGGGCAUGCCACAGUUUCUCUAG